CAAGCUUACAACCCUCACAAAUAAGUAAUCUCCAAGUCCUUGGAGGAUUUCCUCUCUGCAUCUUCCUUCCCUUGCUACCGUAAUUCCCUCCCUCCCUCUUGGACCUCACUGCAGUACUAAUGGCGUCCUCGCUAACCUUCAGGGUUCACCGGCACGAGCCCGUGCUUGUUGCUCCAGCGGAGCCCACCCCGCACGAGUUCAAGCGCCUCUCGGACGUCGACGACCAAGAAGGCCUCCGCUUCCAAAUCCCGGCGAUCCAAUUCUACCGCCACGAUCCCUCCAUGGCGGGGCGUGACCCUGCGAGGGUCAUCCGCGAGGCCCUCGCCAAGGCCCUCGUCCACUACUACCCAUUCGCCGGCCGGCUCAGGGAGGGGGCCCGCCGGAAGCUCGUGGUGGAGUGCACCGGGGAGGGGGUGUUGUUCAUCGAGGCGGAUGCCGACGUCCGUCUCGAGCAGUUUGGCGAUGCUCUGCAGCCGCCGUUCCCGUACCUCGAGGAGCUCCUCUACGACGUCGAGGGCUCCAGGGAUGUGCUCAACUGCCCUCUCUUGUUGUUUCAGGUGACCCGGUUGCGGUGCGGUGGGUUCAUCUUCGCCAUCCGUCUCAACCACGCCAUGUCGGACGCGCCCGGUCUGGUCCAGUUCAUGAACGCGGUGGCCGAGCUCGCCCGCGGCUUGCCUGCCCCCACCGUUUCCCCCGUCUGGAAACGCGAGAUCCUGGAAGCCCGUCACCCGCCACGCCCCGCCUUCGCCCACCGCGAGUACGAGGAGGUCCCCGACACCAAGGGCACCAUCAUCCCGUUGGACGACAUGGCUCACAGGUCGUUCUUCUUCGGCCCCGGCGAGAUCGCUUGUCUCCGGAAACGCUGCCCCCCUCAUCUCCGCAAGAGGUCCACCUUCGAGGUCCUCACGGCGUGCCUCUGGAAGUGCCGCACCGUGGCUCUCUCCCCCGACCCCGACGAGGAGGUCCGCGUAAUCUGCAUCGCGAGCGCCCGCGGCAAGCAGUCGACCAAGAUACCGGAGGGCUACUACGGCAACGCGUUCGCGUUCCCCGUGGCGGUGUGCGCGGCGGGGAAGCUGUGCGGGAAUCCGCUGGGGUACGCGCUGGAGCUCGUGAAGAAGGCGAAAGGUGAGGUGAACGAGGAGUACAUGAAGUCGGUGGCGGACCUGAUGGUACUGAGAGGGCGUCCGCACUUCACGGUGGUGCGGUCGUUCGUGGUGUCCGACUUGACCAAGGCCGGGUUCAGAGACGUGGACUUCGGGUGGGGGAAGGCGGUGUACGGUGGUCCAGCCAAGGGAGGGGUCGGGGCCAUCCCAGGGGUGGCCAGCUUCUACAUCCCCUUCGAGAACGCCAAGGGGGAGCAUGGGAUCGUGGUUCCAGUUUGCCUGCCUGCUCCGGCCAUGGAGAGGUUUGUGGCCGAGAUCGAUGCACUGAUGAAGGAGCCUGCCGCCGAGGAGAAGAUGGAGAGCACCACCUCACACCCCCUCAUGUCUGCACUUUAAGAAACGUCUCCGUUUGCAUGCGACCAAGAGUAUCAGCUUCUGUUCUUGUUUGCUCGUGUAAGAUUGAGUUGGUGUUGUUUACUCCAAGGAUCGGAUACACAUAUCCUCUUUGUUUAUAAUUAAGUUUGAGCAGUCGUGGGCUUCUCCAUAGCGCGUACCAAUUAUGUGCUGCGGUUAGACAAGGCUCGUAUGACUUCUAACUAGCAAAUAGGUGUUAUAGUGAUAUAAAAUCUAGUACAGUUGAGGACUUUCCCAACUGCUGCUACUACAACAACAAUAAAAUGGAGGAAGCUUGAUGGUAUGCUUUGUGACCAGCAA